AUGAGCCCGAAGUCUUUCCUUGUGUUGCCGGUAACCAUCCGCGAACGUAUUUAUACCGAGCUGCUGGUUCCGCCUCCAAGCCAUGGCGGAGAAUAUCUGUUUCGCCCCAGCGAUGUAGCUACCAGCAUUCUCUACGUCAAUCGUCAAGUCUACGCUGAGAGUAGCGAUAUACUCUAUUCCAAGAACAUGUUCAUGAUAGUCAGGUCUAACAAUGAUCUUUUCGGCCACUUGUCACUGAAGCCACCAAUUCGUAUCCACUUUCCUGGGCUCGAAUUCGUCGACAAGCACACCCAGAUUGUGCCACACCGCCGCUUCGCGAUGAGCAUGGAGUUUUUGAGCAUUGGCUGGAAGCCCGGACAAGUACCUUGGUCUCUACGAAACAACUUCGUGAUCACUGCGCAGGCAUUACCAAACUUCAUGAUUGAUCUCGCAGCAGCUCUCAGUAGGGCGACGCAGAUUUCAGUUGGUCAGCUUCAGAUACACAAUAUAUUCCGAUAUUCUGAACUUCGCUUUGCUGAGUUGGUUUUUGGACCUGUCCUUUCCAUGCAGCGUCUACCGCCUCUCAAAGCCCUGAGUAUUCGAGGACCACUGCCCCAAGAACAUCGACAGAAAUUCUUGGCCAAGCUACUGCAACAUCAAGACCGCAUCUGGUACGAUUUUUCUGCGGCGUACGGCCAAUGUAGAUCUUGCAUACGAGACAACAUGUAUCCUGGUCGUGUUCACUCGGAUUUGCAAAUGCAAUGGAACAUUGCGAACUCGCGAUAUCUCUUGUCAGCUCUCGACAUCGUGUGGGACUUUCACGAGUACACAGGUUUUCAGCAUGACAAAUAUUAUGCCAAAAUAACAUUAUUCCAAUGCGUUGCAGACCUGUACACCCAGCUCGUUCUUGCACACCUGAUUGAAGCGAAGCGAAAUCCAGACCAGGCAAUACCCAACUACCUGGCGGCUCGGCGUUCUGCAGAAGAAGGGAUAUCGUACCUUUCAAGAGGCGAUCAUCAGAUAGACCGAGGCACAUUCGAAAUGUUCCCAUCGGACAUCAGAGAAGAAAAUCUGAAUUUGGCAGGUCAUGCUAAAGCUAAGCUAUCCCUCAAGGCAAUGAAGGCGUGCAUCAAGCUUGACGAUGGGACAGGUGCAAAAUUUUACCUUCAAAACGCUCACAAGCAGGAUUCUUCAGUCAACUUGGAUGAACUGCGCCUAAAACUGGCAUGGAAGAAUUUGCCAGAAGCAAACGAAUCAGGUUACGAAUUCCUUGGGACGAGCCAACCUGUGCGAUGGCAUUCAUAG